AAGUUCUGCCAGCGCACCAGCCAUUCUCUUAGAACGCGUAGUCUCUGGCCAAAAUGAUGCAUGCGAUAUUCAGGUCACCAGCACCUCGCGCAGCAUCGAGCUGAGCGUGGGCGGCUCAAAUGACUUGGCGCCAUCCUACGCCACAACGCUUCGCGGCAAGCCCGCAGAGCCGGGCCUGCUGCCGAAGCCGUGCUUCACAGUCGUCGUGCCAGUGCGACAGGGCUAUCCAGACUGGCAGCAGCUCCUGCUCAGGUUCGCUUCAUCCGGCAGCGGCAGCUGCCACGUGUGCGACAUACAGCUGCUGCUGCCGCCGCCGCCGCCGCCGUGCCUCCCUCGUGUUGCCAUUGUAAAGGGCGCAGCAGCGCCAGCACCAGCGCCAGUGGCCCCCGCGGCUGCCGCUGCUGUCACACAGGAUUCCGCCGCCGGCACGGGGCAGGACGCUGUAGGUGGAAGUGGAGUUGGUGUUGCUGCAGCCCCACGCUGCAGCGACGGCAGCGGCGGGCCACACGCCUCCGCCGCUACCGCUGGGCCACAGCAGGUAGCGGAGCUAGGACCUGAGGACCCCAGCGGCCCACCCGCAGCGAACGGGGCUGGCUGUAGCAACGGCGAGCGCAGUAGCACUGCUGGCGGUCGUGCUGGGACCGCAGCAGCAGCAGCCGUGCUGGCAUCUUCGGGCGCAAGCAACGGCGUGGCACGGCCGGCGGGGUCCCAGAUGCAGCAGUUGCGGGAGCUGUUGCAGGUGGCGGCAGCCGGCGGCCCGGGUCUGGGCGCGGCCGCGGGCUGCGGCCCUGCGGCUGAGCCGCGCUCCCCAGCGGCGGCGGGUGCGGCGAAUGCCAACCGUGGCCUCGCAGCCACCCUGGCCCGGUCAUUGCUGGCUGCAUCAGCCGCAUCUGCGAUUGCGCCGCCGCAACCGCAACCGCCAGUUCAGCCGCUGACACAACCGCCCGGGGGCAUGCAGCACCAGCAGCAGCAGCAACAGUCACAGAAGCCCUCGCUCGUUAGCACCGCCAGCACCGACGCCCAGCACCCAGGUCCGGCGCUGCCAGGCCCCGGGCUGGGGGCUGCAGCAGUAGCUGCAUCCGCAGGUCCACUUGGCCUCGGUAUCGGCGGUGGCGGUGGCGGCGGCGGCAGUUUUGCUGGGCCCACUGGUCUGGGCUCCAUGCUGGGGGCACUGCCGGCACUGUCCGCCGCUGUGGCGCAGCUAUCUGACGUGGCGGCGCGAGUGCGGCGCAUCGAGGAGCACUUGGUGAUGUCGGGUGGCGGCGGCGGCGGUGGCAGUAGUAGCGGCGGACGCGGAGGAGGUGAAGGGGGCAGCGCGGCUGUAGCAGGGCCGCCAGCAGUAGCAGUGGGUGGUGCAGCAGGGGCUGGGGCGGCUGCUGCUGCAGCGCCAUCGCUCGCUGAGGGGGCGGGUGGGGGUGCCGGCAGUGCUUCGGUUCUUCCUGCAGGAGGGGUGUGUGAGCAGGCUGACAGCCCCAUGUGGCAUGAGGGGUGUGACAGCCAGGCAACCCGUACUAGCACAGGUGCUAGCGCUGGUGGCGGUGCUGGUGCUGCUGCCGCUGCUCGAGGUGGUGUUGGUGACGGAGGAAGUGGCAACGAACAGGCGAGGGCGGCGGGGGCUGCGGAUCAGCUACUGCAGCUGCUGCCCUCGCUGCUCCAGUCCAUGAGGGGGCUGGAGGGGGCGGUGGCGGAGCAGGGGCGGCAGCUGGCGGCGCUAGGGCGGCAGGUAGCGGGGUUGCAGGACCGGAUGGACGUCGUGCUGGCGGCGGCGGCAGGGGGGCAGCAGGCGGCUGUGGAGGCAGGAGCGGGGGCUGAUGGCGCUGAGAGCUGAGGGAUGGGGUGUGGCUGCCGUUAUAGGUGUCCGGUCUGGCCAUGCGGCGCGUAGAGCUGCAAUGCUGCUGGUCUGGUUCAGCUGAUUUGGGGCGGAAUUCAGUUUAGAGAUGCAGCGUGCCGGAGUUACACUGUGAAAGAGGGUGCACGCAGCCCACCAGGGCCUGUGCCCUCGUGUAUUGCAUGCUGUCCGU